CACCAAAUUUUGCUGCCAUACAAUUCUCUCUGCUAUCCUCAUUCCCCUCCACAUAAUAAAUUCCCCAUACAAAAAAAGGUACUGCAUAUUCUCACCAUCAAGGACCAGCCAGAAUGCCUAAGGAGAAGAGCACCCGUCAGACCAAGGGUCGCCGCGCCGAGAAGAAGAAGAAGGACCCCAACGCGCCCAAGCGUGGCCUGUCGGCCUACAUGUUCUUCGCCAAUGAGCAACGUGAAAAUGUUCGCGAGGAGAAUCCUGGUAUCUCCUUCGGUCAAGUUGGAAAGCUCCUUGGAGAACGCUGGAAGGCACUGAGCGAUAAGCAGCGUGCUCCCUACGAGGAGAAGGCUGCAGCCGACAAGAAGCGGUAUGAAGACGAGAAAGCCAACUACAAUGCCCAUGAGGACGAUGAGGAAUCCGCCUAGAUAGCUUUUAGGACAUGACGAAGUUGAUCUAGGGUCGUGCCGGCGUUUCUUGUCUUUCGCAUUGUUUGGUUUUCGUUUCCGCGCGUUUCAAAUGGUUUAUGGGACGGUAUUGACGGUGGUUCAUAUAUAUCUUUUCUUUUUUUCCCUUCAGAGUUUUUAACAUGUUCAUUUUGUUUUUGUUGUUGCUUGCAGGUCAGUAAAAGGGAAGGUCACCGGAUUUCCAAUGGUUUUUCUAAAUCUGUUACGAUUCGCAGCCUGUGCCAAGCGGGAAGACUGAUCGUUGACGCCUCUCGUUUUCUUUCUGUCUGCCAGCUUUCUCAAGAGAUUGAUCGAUUGCUAUCGAAUUCGUCCCGAGGGUCAAGGUCAAGUAACUGCAACCAGCGGAGGGUCACCAUACAAAACACACCGAUAUUGUACACUAGCAAUAUACAAUUGUUAUGGCC